AUGGAUUCGGGGCCUCAGAAGAAGUUCUGCACUUACGUGGAGUCGAAGCUAGUCAACGGUGUGAAUGGGCACGGUGAAACGGUCGCCUACGUUCCCGGUUCAGAUUUGGAGGAUUACUGGUCGCAGGCGAAUGUUGAUGACAUUCUGGACUCGCACGACCGGCCUAUUCAAGAAAACUCCACUUACAUUGCGAAGAACCUCCGCCACAUCUUCUCUAAUCUGGUGUAUACUGGUCACACGCCACAGAUUUCUUGGUUCUGCCAACAUGUCAGGAACUUGAGCGACCAUCACCUCCCAUUUAGCGCACAAGAGCUCCCCCCAAACUGCACUUGGUCCAAGGACUUUCUUGAGCACCAAUGGAAGUUUUGCCCACUCUCAUUCACGCAUGAAACCAUCUACAAGCGUACCCUGCACUCCAAACACAUUCUACCUGUAGCAUAUGAGGAUUGUCUCACAGACUCUGCUCGUCCUUCUGGCGCUGCCACUCUGUGGCGAGUACACAUGCAGUCUGAAUGCACACUGCCUUUGUCAAAGGCUGGUACAGUCGUCUUCAAGAUAUACGAGGGUGCAAGCGCACAACGCCUCUACAAAGCUGAGGCAGAAGCAUACAAUCAGCUUCUCCGCUCCCGUAAUGAGGGGUAUAUCACGAAACACUUCGCAUCGUUUUCAUUCGAUGACAUUGAGAAGUCAAUCAUUGUUCUUGAGUAUGCCGAGGGAGGAUCUUUACUCAACUUCCUAGAAAGCACGAAUAUUCCUUUCAGCCCAGACGAGUAUUGUUUACUUUGGUCCUGUCUUCUGAACUUGUUCGAUGCGCUCCAUGCGCUUCAUGACAUAUGUAGGCCGACGUCCCAUUGGUCUCUGUCGGGGGUACAUCAAGAUAUUCAACUCAGCAACAUCCUGGUGUUCCCUGAGGAAAACAAAAGCUCACAAUUUGAUGUCGUUUUCAAGCUAGCUGACUUCGGUUUGGCCAAGAUCGGGAGGACGUUUUCCUCAGGAGAGAGCCUGAUCGCCAGUAAAAAGGGCAACAGAAUGUAUACAUCCCCCGAGACUUAUGCAAACUAUCGUGUGCAAGACCGGGCCAGGAUAGAGAUAUCGCCUGCCUGCGACAUCUGGUCGCUGGGUGCCGUUUUCAGUGAUGUUCUCAUUUGGUCCAUCAUGGGUGAAAGCGGUCGGGAAAACUAUCGCCUCAAAAGACAAGAAGAGAUCUCAAACGAGCCACAUCUCAGAGCGUCAAAACACGACGCUUGUUUCCAUAAUGGAACCUCAAGGCUAACUGCCGUUGAUAAAUUUCACGACUACGCUCUUCAAGGUAAAAGAGAAACUGACCACAUAUCACCUCAUAUAAGCCAGCUUAUCAUCGAGUACAUGCUCACAGAUCCCCUUCAACGACUUAACCCCAUGCAGGUGAAGUUAAGAGCUGAUAAGAUGAUUAAAAUGGUCCUGAAUGGUCCGGGAGACGCAACACCUGUUUCUCCUGGUUCGUUUACCAAUGGAUGGCAUUCACCGUCCAUCCUCACAUCUACAUCAACCCCGACGCCACCUCCUCAGAAACGUGCAACAUUACUUUUCACAACAGAACCAAGGCCGAGUCAUGCGCCAGACAGAUCAGUGCGUCAGUCAUAUCCAAUGGAAACACGGAACCCCAUUUCAGAAACGAGCGUUGCGCCAAAGCCCCUAACUCAGCAUGAACCUCCUACUGAAUCCCCGGCCCCAGAACCAUUAUCAACACUGAUGAAUUAUAAUGUACCGAUACCUGAAACCGCUAAUACAAGCGCUGUGGUGACUGUGGACCAGGUUUAUCAAUUAUUGGAGCAGAAAGACCGACUUUUGCAUUUUCCUGGUCCACUGGGUGCGAAAGCAGACAAGGUGGCUGAAAUCAUGGAUCUUCUUGGAAUGCAGGAAGCGCGCAGCAAAAUCUCAGAAACCAAAGGGCGAGAUCAGAUAAUGCUCGUGGACAACUUUGGUUCUAUGGAAGAACAUAAACCAAAGGCUAUGAGGACAGCCAGGGUUAUCAGCUAUGUGGCGAAGAUUGCUGAUGAUAACGGUAUGGAAGUGUUCGCUGCAUCAGAGACCACCAAAAAGCCUCAAGUCUGCACCAACUCUACCAAGGUUGAGAAAGCCAUCAAGAAGAUGAAGACUGUACAAGGAAAAUGCAACAUGCAUAAAUGCCUCAACGACAUACUCAGCCAAGUCUUAAUGCCUGGGCAGUUCAGACCGACAAGUAUUUACAUUUAUACUGAUGGAGUCUGGGAACCAGGCGAGGAUCGGGUUAAGCUUUUGAUUAGUAAAGCAAUCGACUUCCUUCAUCGUCAUGGACACAAGUCCCCAGCACUGAUGUUCCAGUUUAUCAGAUUUGGCAAUGAUCCUACAGGGAUAGAGAGGCUGGAUUAUCUCGACAACCAGUGCAAGCAACAGACUGAUGUGGACAAUUAUGAUAUUGUUGAUACCAAGUACUGUGACGAGCAUGUCCCUGAUAUUGUCAUUGGAAGCAUAUCGACGUAUCAUGACGAGAAGAAAUAG